AGAUUGGUGUUCCGUCUUCUGACGUUGAUCAUGCGCCGACUUUGCGUCCCUUUAAAUCAGCUUGCUUCUACACGUCUCCUCGACUGUGUCUGAACGCUCGUCACUUGCAGGGACAUGCAUUGAGUGCCUACAUAAGCACGGACAUAUAAAGCAUCAUGAUGUGGGCCGUCGCUCUUGCAGCGCUUGCCAUCACUUUGGCGUGGCUGGCUCGCGUCAACUCGGCCAUGCAGAGCGUGCCCGAGGAAAUCAGCAAGCUCUCACCUCGGCGGUGGACAAGAAAAGAGCUCCGAGAUACCUAUGAGCGCCUGAAACAAAAUCCGGUCGACUUCGCCAAGCUCCUGCCGCCACGCCUGGGGAGGCGCUAUGUGGUGGUUGGCGGAUCCGGGCUCGUUGGGGGGGACAUCGUCCUGCAGCUGCUGCAGCGAGGCGAGGCUCCCGAGAGCAUCCGCAUCAUCGACUUUGUGCCGCUCAACCGACGAGACAUGCUCGAGGCGGCCGCGGGCUGCGACUUCGUGAAAGCCGACAUCAGUUCUCGCGCGUCUGUCGAGGCAGCUUUCUUCAGGCCCUGGCCCGCGUCGGUUGCCAAGCAGCCUCUGACCGUGUUCCACACGGCCGCCAUUGUGAGACCUCAGGAGCGUAGCCUGCUGCUGUACCAUCGCCUCAGCCCCGUGAAUCGGGAUGGUGCGAGAAACGUCCUCGAAGUUGCCAAGGCAGCCGGCGCCGACGUCUUUAUCGCCACCUCGUCCGCCUCCGUGAGCAUCCUGCCUCCCAAAUUCUGGAUCUGGCCGUGGCAGAGCACCCCUGAGGACUACGUCCAAGUCGCCAGCGAGAAGGACUUUGAUGUUCCGCUACGCCCGCGCCACCUCUUUUUCUCCAACUAUGCUUUCUCUAAAGCCGAGGCCGAGCGUGCCGUUUGUGCCGCGAACCAAGACGGCUUUCGGACAGGUGCGAUCCGCCCUGGAAACCCUAUCUACGGUCAAAAGACGGACUCCGUCCUUGGAAUGGUGCUCCGCAUGGGUUCCAUCGUCAGCUGGAUCCCGCACAUAAUCCAAAACUUUGUCUACUCCCGCAACGUCGCGCUCGCACACCUGCAAUUCGAAGCCGCCCUGGCCCAGACCGACAAGCCCAUGCCCCACUGCGCCGGCAGGACCUUCAACGUGACCGACCCGGGGCCCCCGAUCGCCCUCGCCGACAGCUAUGUCGCAGCGCAAGAGCUGUCGGUGACCCCGGUCCGCGUGACUUACCAGCGCCCCAUCGUCCUGUUCCUCAUCGCCCACGUCAUCGAGGCCUGGUGUCUCCUCCUGGCGCGCCUCCCUUUCCUGACGAAGCUCGGGCUGCACGAGCCCAGCGGCCCGAUUCACAUGCUCCAGCCGUCCGUUUUCAGCGUUUCGAUCCACACCGUCGUGGACGACAGCCAAGCGCGGAAGAGCGUGACCGACGGCGGGUUUGGGUAUACGCCCGGCUGCACCACGAUGGAAGGGAUGUGUGAACAGAUUCGGGAGUGGAACCAGGAGCAACAGGAGCUUGGUUGGCGGUCUGCCGAUGGUCCGGCCGGUAAGGUGGCCAAGGCAGCUUUGACUGCGAAGGGAGUGGCAGCAUGAAUUAGGGGCUCCCAGUGUUUGCUCAUUGCCGAUUCACUUGCUUGGAUAAACGAAGAUAACGACUUGGAUAUGGACGGGCGCGGACGCCGGAUGGCGAGAUGAACUUAUGUUACACACAUGUUUU